GAAAAAAAUAAAAUAAAAUAUACAAAAAAUGAAAUAAUGCAAAAUAUUCGCUCUGUCUUUCGUUAGAUCUAGCCGCAUGCUCUUCCCCACCUCCCCGCCCUCGGCGGGCCCAGAUCUCCCCGACCGCGGUGGCGCAGCAGGCGGAGGCUAGCCCCGCCACCGCCUCCCCCUCCCCUUCCCCCCAGAUCCUAAUGGGCUCCUCCUAUUCCUCUCACGGCCGCGGAGACAGUGACGACGGCGACGACGACGAAGAGGAGCGCGGGCUCCUCGCGAACUCCAAGAGCUCCCAGGAGAAGGUUCUAGAGCAAGAGCCCGAGGUCCUCCCAUGCCGCGCCGCCGCCUCUCCGCUCUCCCCUCAGCUCUCCAUCCCCGGCACCCCGCGCCUCCUCGGCCCGUCGGUCCGGAUCUGGGACCCCUGCAACGUCCUUCUCCCCUCGCCUCUGCCUGCGUCUGCGAUCUCAUCCGGAGGCCCCAUGGACUGGGCCACGGAGGUGCUCCUUAUUGCCCAUGGCGAAUGGGAGGCUGGCCUGCGGCCGGAUCGGGUCGGCGGGCGGUGGCCGGCGGCGGGGCUGACCCCGAAGGGGGAGCGCCAGGCCAGGGCUUUGGCCGUGUUCCUCAAAUCUCAAGGUUUGAGGUUUACUUCCGUAUAUACGUCGCCGUUGGAUCGGGCGAGGGCCACUGCGACCUUUAUUUGUCAGGAACUUGGUUUUGCAGAGGAGCAGAUAAAAUCUUCAGAUGCAUUGGUUGAAAUAAGUCAGGGUCAGUGGGAAGGCUGCCUGCAAUCAGAAGUUUACACUCCAGAUAUUGUCAGCUUAGUGGACAGAAGUCAGCCUGAUUUCUCUGCACCUUCAGGAGAAUCACUCAGGCAGGUGGAAUUUCGGAUGAUUGAAUUCCUUAACAGAACAGUCCUAAGAUUGCCUGAGAAACUGGCUAUUCAAGCUACAUCAAUGCAUCAAAAUGGGACAAAGGAAUUCUGCUGCAACAGCUCUACAAAUUCAGUUCAUGACCGAGAUGGGCCUCACUGGGAUUUGCUUUACAGGCAUAAUCAGCCUUUCCUUCAAAGGAAAAAAUCUGGAAAAAGUAGGCUUCAGUUUGUGACAACUGGAGAUAAUGAAACAGAAGAUGAGUUCUCUCAUGGAGGACCUGCACGCAGGGAACUUCUUUGUGAAGCAAAUACCAGAAACCUCAAUACCUCCAUUGGGAUCUUCACUCAUGCAGUCCCCAUAAAAUGUCUUCUCACUGGCUUGCUGAAUUGCAGUCCGGUGAUGUCUCAUAAGAUAUGUAUAGAUGAUUCUUCAGUGACGCUGCUGCAGCACUCACAGAGAACAGGAUGGCAAAUCAAGAAACUGAACGAUACUGCACAUCUCAAGCUUCUUUAGACAGCAACAAAAGGAGAAGCCUUGCUGGAUUUACAAGUUAACAAUGGGAGAAGUUAAAGUGCUGCCUAUGUUCUCCUUUUUGAAUCUGUUUGUGAACCUGGAUUUGUUAUAAUUGAGAAGCCCUUUAUGUUUUAUUUGCUGGAAAUAUCAGUUGAUCUGAAGGCUGUGGAUACCAAUUGCAGUGUUUUAUAAAUUCAUUUUGACAUAACUUGAUGGAAAUUGGAAAGUUCUGUUGGAAGAGAGAAGUCUGGGUGUGAGUGAGGCGGCUAAAGGAGUCAUAUUUAAAUGUUCUAGAUAUUGUUCAUCACCAGCUCCAAAAGCCUAGGAACUGGAGGUUUGGUCUUGAUUUGUUGUAUCUGUCAUUGUCCCAUAUUUUGAUCCAUAACUGAAGUUAUGAAUAUUAUUUUUAAUUCAAUC